AUGGAUAUAACCUAUUACGUAAUCCAACCAUUGAUAACAACAAUAAAAACUGGCAAUAUAGUACAUGAUUGUCUGUUAAUAGUGCUGGCUCUAUUUUGCUUAGCGUUUAUUGGUAAAUUGUCCGCUAUAUUUAUUGAUUAUUUAAUUGAUUAUUAUUUACCAAAUGUAUGUCAAUUUCGUCGCAUUAAAUCUCGUUACCAACUAGAUGUCAUUGUUAACACAAAAGAUUAUGGUUCAGCUAAAUAUUGUAUACCUGAUGAAUAUCUAUCAAUAUUGCAUCAUUUAUGCAGAACAAAUAUCAAUGUUAAAUCUGGUAUAAGAAUACCAAAUUUAACUUACGUACAAACAACCACUUAUAGUUAUUCAUCAACAAGAUCACCUACAGCAAUGUUUAAUGAACUGGAUGAUAUGAUGAAUUAUUUUAUAACGGGAACAGAAGACAUCUGUUUUGAUCAAUAUUUAUAUUUAAAAAUGGUGCCAACUAUUUCACCAACAGAUAAUCUGUUGGUGAAAUAG